AUGCCGCUGCCACCCUCCUCCGCCUCGGCUCAACGAUCCACCGCGCGGCUGCCAGCUUCCGUCCCACGCAACAAUCCGCCGCCGAGCCUGUCUCUGGCACAUCCCUUCCGGCUUGGUACAGAUGACAUCCUCGCGUGCUCGCGUGCUCGGCUGCAUGCAAUGCAUGGCCCCGUCCGCAUCGCAUCGCUCCUACCUCCCUGCACUCGCACUCGCCUCGCGGUCGACAAACUACGAUGGCGUCGUAUCGCGAGACUACGAUUCCUUGCCUCGACCACUGACGCUGCACACAAGCCCGGCCGCAUCGUCAUCACCGCUCCUACACCACAACCCGCCCAGGAGGUCUUGUACCCGCGCGCCAUGCAGUCGGUCGGUGACGAGGUGCGCAUAUCCUUGCUGGCCUCCAAUGAUCUGCACAAGCAACCAGGCUUGCCUCACCAUCUCGAAGCUGCUUCUUCCACCACCUCGCUCUCGUCCGCCACCAUCUUUGACAGCGAGGAUCCAGCCACGUACGACACCGCCUCUUGCCACCGCCGUCACAGCUCGAAUGGGUCCACAGAUACGCUCGUGGGCGCACUCGUUGCGAAACGCUUCCCCGGCCUCUGGCAUAGACUGCCCUUUGUCCGCUCCGCGCACGCAUACAAGCCUGUGGCCACUGAUGCAGAGCCUCGCAAGCUGAACCUCAACGGCAGGAGGCUCAGGGUCGUCGGCGUGCUGCUGCUUGCUGCGUUCCUGCUCGGUGUCGGUGGCAGCAAGCUGCACAAGUCCAUGGCAGGCAAGGCCACAACGCCCGAGGAUCCGUUCCUGGCGUCGCUGCACGACGACGAUUCCUGGCAGGACAAGGCGGUGAUCACGCCCACCUUUCCGAGACCCUUGCAUCCGACAGAGCCCGAGGAGAUCUUGCCGUUUGGACUGCACCACGACGAUGCCGACCCUCCGCCUCUUCGUGCGCCAGCAUCGUCAGCUCCCAAUCGCAGGCAGCUCGACGUGAUCCCGGCCCAGCGGAUCUUGUUCGACAAUGCAGAAUGUCUCGACGAGUGGGUCGCCGAGGGCAAGGUCUGCGAUGAAUUCCAAGGUGCAUAUGGCAAGCGACCCGACUUGACCAGCGUCGAUCUGCUGUAUUCGUGGGUGAAUGGAUCCGACUGGCGCCAUUCGAGUGCAAGCUGGAUGCACGCCUACAGGCCGACCGGACGGUGGCAGGAGUAUGCCGAGGAGGACCUCUUUCCCUCUUUCCACCAGCUUGGUCGUCGCGACGCUGGGCUUCAAGGGCAGACGCCGACGAAAAGGACGGCACCGUCCAAGGCGCUGGUGCCGAGCAGGUUCCGCGACCAUGAAGAGCUGAGGUACUCGAUGCGCUCGGCCGCCAAGCAUCUGCAUGGCUUGCGGACCAUCCACAUUGUCUCGCCCGACUUUUCGGCUCCCUACCAUCUGCAGCCCGGCGCCAAGCUGCCAAGGCAGAAGCGCUCGUCCCAGCCGCCGUUUAUGCUUACCGUCGAUCGGCUAGAGCAGGGGUUCGUCGGGCUGCCCUCGCAGCUGCGUCGCGUGCAGGACAUUGGCACCGACCGAUUCAUGACCCACGAGAACCAGCUGCGCGAGGGUCAGGUGCCCCAGUGGCUCGCAAUUACCGAGGCAGCCUCUGUCCUUGCCGGUCAAGACGCCGAGUCGGACAGCCCGGCGCAGUCGUCGUUGCCCCAGUCCAUCGCAAAGCUGUUUGCGCUCGCAUCGGACGACGGCGAGCAAGCGAUCUCGCCGAAUGUUCGCCUGCAUCACGACUGGAACGCGGUGACGGAUAAUUGGCUCGUCUCGCGUCCCGUCACGGAGCGGGAGCAUCAGCAGAGGGACAACUACCGCCGCUCCGCGCUGCCCACGUUCAACUCGAUGGCCAUCGAGUCGAUGCUCGGCGAUCAGCCCGGUCUCGCCGACAGCUUUGUAUACGCCAACGACGAUUUUUUCCUCCUCGACGACGUCAGUGUCGCCGACGUCACCUCGCCGCUGUUUGGGCCCGUGAUGCGGCUCGACUACAACCUCGUCGUCAAGGGGGUCCAGUCUCCCGACGCCACGCCGGGCGAGUGGUCGUCGCUAUGGCACACCAACUGGCUGCUCGACCAGCGCUUUGGAGCGCGCAAGCGGCCGUACGUCCAGCACGUCCACAAGAGCUUCUCCAAGGCCUUGCUGCACGAGACGCGCAUGGGCUGGGCCGCCGAGCACGCGCGUCUCGGCAUCAACAGGUUCCGCAACGCCGGCGACAAUAUCGUCACCCACUUUCUCGCCUACUACAACGUCGUGGAACGCCACCGCGAGGCGAUGCUGUGGAGCUUCUUUAUGCUUCGUCUGGACAGCGACGGCGAUGGUGUGGUGUCGGACGACGAGAGGCGAGAGGCAUUGCUCGUCAUGGGCCUUACGCAGGAGCAGGCUUCCAGAGUCGAAGGCUCCCAGUCGGAGGCGGAUUGCAUUGUCGAGGUCAAGCUGGCGAGGCGCAGUACCCUCGCAAAGGACCACGCCAACGAGGCGCUUGUCAAGGCCGCGUGGCCGGUGCCGCUAAAGAGCCAAUACUCGUUUGUCUCGCAAGAUGGAUAUCCACUCGGCGACGUCUCGGACCGCGUCAUCUAUCGCCGCAGCCAACCGCGCAUGCAGCGACGCACCUCGCCGCGCGAUCCGUACUGGCAGUCGUCGCAUCGAGGCGAGAGCGGCUACUUUGGCUGGCCCGACUUUGUCGACGAUCCGACCGCGCACCCGAACAACGAGUGGCACAACAGGCGUUUCGACCGUCCUGCAUGCCAGCUCGACCCCGGUCGGUGCUUCGUUAGGCCCUUUUCGGGGGCGAAAGUGCAGUGGCAGGACGUGUUUACGCGCUUCGCCUACGAAGACGUCGCCUGCGGUGACUGCCUCAUCCACCACCUCGUCGGCCAGAGCGGGACUCGCGGGCUGUCUGCCUUUCUGCCAGAGAAGCACCGCACGUACGAGGGCAAGACGGAGCCAGAGGCGCGUAGGCGCAAGGCGGUGCCGCAUCUGCCGCUCUCGUCGGUGUGGAACGCCAGCGCGCCCGUAGAUGCCGCCGCCGAGGCGGAGCGGGCGUGCUUCAGCGUCGCGUGUGUGCUGGCCAACUCGGGCUUCGGGCACGGCACCCGGCUGCGCGACUUUGCCAGCAGGCUCAUCCAGCGCUACGCCUACACGAUUGCCGAGACACCCAUCGAGUUCCACCGCAUGGAAACGCUCUACUCGGCCACCAAGGUCAUGCAGGCGCUCCAGUCGGCCGCAGCGAGACCGUCGGCUCUCGAUCGAUUCGCACGGGCAAAUGGAACAGACACACCCGCGCCCGCGUGGGUAGCCUCGCAGAGCAACAUUGACAUCCAACGCCCGGCGUUGGUCUGCAUCAACGACGAUAUCACGGACAAGUGGGCCGACCAGGUAGCCGCCAAAUUCACAGCGUGGAUGCACAACAUGUGGCCCGAAAAGCCAGCCUGGGAAUUGUAG